GAUGUGGGCGUAAGGGCUUUGUGUUUAUGAGCACUAAGUCCUCGGCGGAGAAGAAAAAGGCCUUUUACAAUCACCAAUUUUUGUAGGUACGGAUUAAGACGCCCUCUUGAGUAAAUCAGCCGAAUUGAUGGGUUUUGAAAUGGUGGAGAAACGCUGUUGCUAAUUUCACGAAUUCAUUUUUCUCCAUCAACAAAACCUAACAAACAAACUCCGCUUCUUACCAAAAAUCAUAUUCAUCUUCAUCUUCAACUGGACGGAUUGGUAAUUGAUUCUUGUUUCAAUCAGGUUAGCUUUUACUUGGGUGCUUAAUCGAUUAUCGUUCAGAUCCAUUCCACUUCAUAGCUCUUGCCUUGUACUCUUCAACUACAGUUGGGGAAUUCUUGUGGAAUCGGACUUGGGAGGACAUGUUUUCGCAGGAACUUUUUCCAUUUGGAACAUAACUUUCGUUUUCUUUUUUUUUUUUUUGGUUCAGUGUUGGAUUGUUUCUGAGGGUUUCGGGGUAUCUUCCCUUUUUAAACCGAGAGAUUCUUUUGUUGUUCUUGAUUUCUUCAGCAAAACAAAGAUUUGGAUUCUUCGAUCCUUUGUAGUGGAAUCAGGCAAUUAUACCGAUACCUAAUUGUUUCUGAUUAUUUUUUUUCCUUUUUCGAAACUAUGCAUCCCCGUCAACGUAAUACGGGAAAUGGGUUUAGGUCUGGUUCCAUGGGAGUGGGAUUAGCUUCUUCUCGAAUCUCUCCUGAGGGAUCGGUAAGGGGCCAUGGAGGAUAUGGGAAUGAUUAUCGAAACUUUAAUCACCCCAGUGGCUUUGGGCGUGGUCAGGGAUACCCCAAAUCAUAUCAAUCAUCACAGUCACUGCCUCCUCCGCGAAGAGGUGGAGGUUCUGUUGACAUUUUUAUGGAAGCAGGUCGUCUUGCAGCUGAAUACCUAGUUUCUCAAGGUUUGCUCCCAUCUAGUGUUUUGUCUGGUAAAUGGCAAGGUGGAAGUUUGAGAAGGGACUCUUCUGAAUUUCAGGAAUUGGGUCCACUUCGAGAAGAAGGACGAACAUCUACUGCUGCUCCUCCUCAUUCAGGAUAUGUUGGACCUGAUUCUGGGUCAGGUAGGAGGCAUCCAAAUGAUGAGUAUAGUUCAGCUCCAUCACGAAAUCAUUUGAGAGGACGGAGAAGAUCCACCUCUUUCCGAAGUACUGGUUCUGAUUGGAGUGGUCAGGAUUAUAGUAGGAGCAAUAAUUGCAAUGAUAGAGGUAGAGCUUCUCCAGAUACAGAGGCUUAUGAUGACACUGAUAAUCUUUAUGCUUAUGGUAAUCAACAGCAAACUGGUGAAGAAGUUGGAACUGAAUUGCAAGAUCUUAAAUCUUCCAAUUUAGAACAAAAAGGUGACACGCCUGAGGAUUCAGGACCUGAACUGGUUAAGUACCCUUUGCCAGAUGAUGCAGGCUCAAAGGCAAGUAAUUCUGCUGUUGGGAAAGAUCCUCCAUCCGAGCCAAAACUUGCUAAAGAUUCUGAUGAUUUAAGUAACAUAGAUUUGGGGUCUGAGGAGGUGAAACAUAGUACCAAUAUCAAUGAAACUGAGAAACACUGUGUGGCAGAGAAACUAUCUGUCCAGAAUGAAGCUGGUGAUGGUGAUUCCUUGGUGAAGCAAGAGACCGAUCUACUAGCAUUCUGCAGAUUUACGAAGUUCCCCACCAAAACUCGCUCUGCAUUGGCAUACAAGGUUUCUAAGGCAGAUCCUAUUACAACUGCGUCAGAACAACCUUCUGUUAUCAACACUAACAGAGAUUCUGAAACUUCACUUGACAGUAGCCCUUCCAGCUGUGCAUUAUCUGGUGCUGUAUCAGCUAAGAAACACGAUGUCGAGAAUAUAAAUUCCAAAAGUUCUAAACCCGAAGCUGUUGAAAAAGCUGGAACAAUGGAGGAGCUAUAUCCUAGAUACAGUGAGAAGGCUGGCUCUUUGUCAUCUCAAUCUUUCCAGCAUGGACCAUUUUGGAAUGAGAGCAAGGAAGAAUCUUGCCAAAGUCCUGCCGUAGUUGGAAGGAGUGAUUUGAUGUUUGAAGAAAGGGGUCAAAAGCGAUCUUUGGAUGAGAGUGAUGUAGGGGAGGGGAACAAAAAACCAAGAGAAUGGAUUCCGUUGAUGACUUCUAAGGAAGAUGAAUCCUUUGACCUUCUGAAGUUUGAUAAAACGAAAGUUAGUUCUGAGGAAAGCAAGCCAGCGUGUGAUAAUGAAGUUAUUGUAGCUGCUGACUGUGAGAACUCAGUAGAUGGUUUUCAUUUCAUUAAAGGGGGGGGUGAGCAAUGUGUUGAUUAUGCACAAGAAAAACAGCUUUUUCCAAAUUCAUUUAAGAUCUGUGACCUUAAUCUUAUGGAGGCUUCUGACAUACAUGAUAAUCACGAAAAUAAUCCUCUUCUCAUCUUCCCAUCUAUUUCUGAAACAAAAAGAGAAAUAGCACCUGUUGAUAUUGACUUGUCUAUAAGCAAUGCUACUGAAUUUGGCCAAAAUAGCGUGGUGGCUGGUGGUAAAGAGAUUGAAAUUAUUGAUUUGGAAGAUGACUCCACUGCCGAAGUAGACAAGACCUUCCAUAAUGCGGAGAGGAAGAGCGAGACUGUGUUUACUGGAUUGGAUGGCUUUCCUAACAACGCACAAAAUAAUGGAGAUAUGCCUGAUGUUCAAGAUGGCUAUGGACUUAUGAUUUCAGAGUUGCUUGGAGCAGAAUUCUCUAACUGUGGUUCUGUACAAGGAGACAUUAAUUCAAUACACAAUGAAAUGCCUCUUUCCAAUGGAGAAGGAACUCUGGCGGAUGAUGAUCUAAUUUACAUGUCCCUGGGGGAAAUUCCAUUGAGUAUGCCAGAAUUUUAAUUUCUUUUGUCCAUCAAUAUAGUUAUGUGAUCAAUCUACCAAAGGUGCUUGAACACCAUUGAAUAAGUUUAACUUAAUGUGAUGGUAGGAGUUGUGUAUUAUGCAAAAGGGAGGAUAUGCAGUUGUUUCACGCAGAUUGCGAAUGUCUAAAUUUUAUGUUGGGAAAGGAAAUAGGUGAAUAUUGUAAGACAGAAUGAUAGCUCAUGGCCUGUAUAAGCCAGUUCUCUUUACUUUCUUCA